GACGUCACUUCCUUUUUCGCGUCCUUUGCAGUUGCAUCCUCGCUAGCCAGGUGAACUCGGAUAAACAAAUGGCUAAAAUGAACAAAGAGACCAAACAGCGGUUACAGCAGCUCUUCCAGUGCGGCCAGUUUGUCAUCCGAUGGGGCUUUAUCCCAACGGUGCUGUACCUCGGUUUCAAACGAGGAGCAGACCCAGGAAUGCCUGAACCUACAGUUUUAAGUUUGCUGUGGGGUUGAUGCAAAUCUCCACACACCAAACCCUUCCUCUCUGCGAGAACACCUCACCCCCUGCCAUUUAAAACCAGAGAAAUGGACUUUGUUCAUCAAGAAGCCUACUUCCCAGUAUCUGUGUCCACACACAGCAUGUGUUCAUACGGUGAAUGCACUGAGCAUGCGGGCUGGGACGAUAUCUGGAAUAAGAAGACUGGAUCCAUGAAAACAUGUCCUGCUUUGUUUGCAAUAGUGUGACAUCGAUGUUUGAAUUUACCAUUUGCUCCAUGUUUUUUUUCUAGUUUUAUUUGUAAUUUAAAACCAUAAAUUGAAAAUAAAUCCUUAAUGAAAUGUUA